AUGGGUCUCCCACUCUUCGUUGCGCCUGUUGAGACCGAUCUACCUGCCAAACAGCCAAAGCAUGAUGCGCUUUCUCUUGCUCGCUCCGGCAUCAGGCGCUCAACAUACGUGGAAAGGCGCGAUCGACGGCAUCCUAGGAGACGACGCAUUUCCGACCUGCCGGUUUCUGCUCCCGGGCGCGAGGCGCUGAGAGAUGUGACCUCUGGGGGCGAACGGCAGAGGGACGGCCUGGAGGAACAGAUGAGCUCCCUCUAUGGUGGUACUUGGCACGGCGUCGAUACAUCGGGGAGAGCGGAAGAAGGCGGCCAGGAAGGCGAGAUUGGGUGGUGGAGUUCUGACCCUCGACUGCGGCCUAGGCAUGCGCGCAUCGCCGCCGUGAUAAGCAAUCCCAGGCGCAGCCGCAGCCCCCUCCCCCCAUCGAUUGGCUCGGUAAUCCCUGGUAGCUUUAUCCCCAGCAACCGCCUUCCCCCAUUUCGUCUCCUUGACGGAGAACUGGAGAGGAUACCUUUUGAACCCUCAACGUCCCUCGACGACGUGUCCACUUUGGACAGAUACAGAUCUCUUCGCAGAAACCAGUCACGAAUGUAUCGAGCCUUGCUAUCUAGGCGCUCCCAGCCUGAUGAGCGUCAUUCGCGCACUCAACCGGUAGAUGGUCUGGGAGACCGCGACAGAAGCCUGAGCCCGGAGGGUUGGGAUACAUUGCGCUCAACGCUGACGCCUGAUCCACAGCCGCCCAGCGCAGGCUCUUCGUUUGUAUCUGCGGCGGCCACCCAAGGUGCAGGCCCUUCCAAUCCUCCCCCCUCCGCUCCAGAACUGCCUGACGGGACUAUGGACCCUGCGUGCGAAUCCGGCCACGAAAAUUCCGACGACGAGGAUACCUAUUUUGGGUACCCUGGAUAUCGUGGCAUUCGUCACGCCCACCGACGAAUCCGCCAAUUAGUUCCCGAGUACAACUUGGAUGGGCCGUCGGACGGGCCACGUUCCCAGCAAACUCAAUCUUCGGGGCCCUCGGGCGAUGUUCUAGCAAAUCAUUAUUCCCAACUAUUAUUUGGCCAAACCGGGUCAGAGGACGAAAGACGACUUGAUCGGCUCCGACUAAUCCGUGAUGAAUCCUCUGGAAGUGGACCAAGCACUCAUACAGGAGAUGAAGAAUGGUUAGGCAUGCAGCGAAUCGUGAGGAGUCUCGCAGCGAGAGAAGAUAUCCCAGACGAAUGGUGGGCUGGGGCCGGCCUGAAUCGAACACUGCCUCGAGAGGGGUCAAACUGA